CAGGGAUCGAAAUUGACUGGACAUCUCUAGUUUCAAUUCUAAUUUUGGAACUCAGGACAAAUCUAAAUAUCCAGUUGUAUAGGAAGCUUGUAUCCACAAGAAUCAGGACCUUCUUUCUCUGAUCAGGAAUCCUUUGUAAAAUGAAGACUUUGGAUUUACCCCUGGAGUAGACAAGCAGUUAUAAUUAUCUGAUGGGUUUGGUCCGAGAUCGAUGGGCUCAUCACAGCACAGAGAUGAGUGAAUUCCCUAAUUACAACUUUGAGCUGGUAAAACGUGGUACUUCUACACGACGGCCGAAGAGAAGACCUACAUUAAUCACAAGUAAAUGUGGAGAAAACAAAUCUCCGUUUUUCCUUGCUCGUUCCAUUGCUGUAGCUAUGGCGAUCCGUUUCCUUGUAAUGGUAAUGAUAUGCAGUGCCAUAAUCAUAAAUUCAUUAUUCAACCAAGGAGCUCCAAUUUCUUUGAAAGAAAGUUACUGUGGGCCAUGUCCUAAAAACUGGUUAUGUUAUAGAAAUAACUGCUACCAAUUUUUUAAUGAGAGCAAAAGCUGGUACCAGAGUCAAGCUUCUUGUAUGUCUCAAAAUUCCAGUCUCCUGAAGAUAUACAGCAGAGAGGACCAGGAUUUCUUUAAAUUGGUGAAGUCAUAUCAUUGGAUAGGACUAGUACGAAUUCCAACAAAUGGAUCUUGGCAGUGGGAAGAUGGUUCCAUUCUCUUGCCCAACCAACUAACAAUGGUUGAAAUGCAGAAUGGAACGUGUGCAGUUUAUGGCUCAAGUUUUAAAGGUUAUACAGAAAACUGUUUAACGCCAAACACAUACAUCUGCAUGCAGAGGAUUGUGUGAA